GCUCAAAAUGACACGAUAAGUGUUUGUUUUAGAAGUAAAUCUGUUAUGUGACCGAUUGUCUUGAGCUGACAGUCUCAAUUAGGCACACAUUUUACCCCACAAGUCGUGGUUUGGUGCCGUUAAAUUGCAAAUUCGGUUUAAAAACGUCUACGCAGACUCGAUUCUCUGUUUACUACACACUCCACAGUUAGAUAAGAUCGUAUCCAGCAGAUUUUAAAGCAUCCACCAUGGGAAAGUCCAAACAAACGGGAAACCACAAGAGCGAUAAGAAGAAGAACAUCGCCAAGACAUGGAAGACAAAGCGCAGGACCAAAGACCUGGACCAGAUCCACGCUGACAUGAAGCCCGGGACCGCAGCCAAGCUCCUGCACCAAGAGGUGGACUACGAUGUGACGGGAUGUGCGCAACACUACUGCUUACACUGCGCGAGAUAUUUUGUGGAUAUGAGAUCCCUGAAAGAACACUUCAAAACUAAAGUGCACAAAAGAAGGUUGAAACAGCUUAGAGAGGAGCCCUACACCCAAGAAGAGGCAGAGAGAGCAGCAGGUAUGGGCUCCUACAUCCCUCCAAAAACAGUGGAAGUGAAGACGCAGCCUGUGGAGGAGGACAUGGCCUGAGAGCUGCACACGAAGCCUUUGGACAAUUUCUUCAAUAACAGAAGCGUUAACAACAAUGGAUGAUGCUUCUGUUAUCCCUUGCCGUCACAGAUGUUCAGUGCAUUGUUAAAUGUGUUUAAUGUGACACACUUCGAGCCUCGACGUUAGGUGUCUGGCUGUCACCAGAUUCAGGAAGCCUUACCCUGUACCGGGUAAUGUAAUGCAAAAUGUACCUAUGUAAAUAUUGAGUAUAUGUAGGACCGUGUGGAAUGCAAAUAAACUAUAACAUACCACGGAUUCA